AAAAAUUGAAGUUGUCCAAUUCAUACAUUAUACCGUAAUUUCCAAACAUCAAAACACUGUAAAGUUGACAAAUUAAGGACGAAUAUUCAUGCUCAACGAAAGUUUAACUUGAUUAGUGUAACAACCAAUCAGAGGUCGUUUUAGUCAUGACUGAUGAUAAAGGACGUUUCUAUUGGGCCGUGGUGAGUGACUUACGCGCGCUAAUGGCACGUGCCGACGACUGAGCGAGUGUAAACAAAAGUAGUGUGAAGAUUGAAGAAGCCAAAAAGUUCCGGCCUCUAAUCAUUUGGGUGCUCACUUGCCCCGAAAUUGUUUAUUCGUCUCUGCCUCUCUGCAUUUGUACAUUGAUAAUGGAUUUUGAUCCUAUGCUCUUCUUUCGCUGCCAUUCAUGUCAGUCUGAUCCCGAACCCGGAGCAGACACCAGUACCCAGGUGUGGUACUGUGAUUUCAUGCCUGAUCCAAAAAACCCAUCACAAAACUCCAAUUUUGUUGCAACAGUAGGCGGACAAGCCAUCUGUAUUAUAGACCUCAAAGAGAUGAAAGUCUGGAAAAAUUUUUAUUGCAAUAAAAGUUCUCCAAAAGAAGAAUUUUUCUGUUCUGUGUGGAUUAAUGUGCCUUACAAUGAAUUUGAUUCUGCACUUCUACUGGUAGCUGGCAGUAAUAGAGGCAAACUUUAUUUCCUUUCCAUGGACCAAGAUUAUAGCGCAGGGGAAAUCAGUGUAGUAGUACCUCCCAAAAAAGGGAGAAAAAAGGAUGGGAUUGCAGUUAAUUCUGUCUGUGUUCAUAUUGAUGAAAAAAAGAAAGAGACAUUGCUCUGUGGUCUUUCUUGUGGUCUUGUCUUUGCAUAUGAUAUGCAAUGUGCGACGAAACAAGUUGAGCAAAAAACUCUCAUCGAAGUCCAGGCUAAAUCCCUAGGUAGUUUUUCUCUUCCGACGCAGAAAGUUGCGGGUAGUUUUUCUGCUCCGGCGCAGGUGUUGCAAUUAGUAUUCUGCCCAACAACUCAAUUCAUUUUAAUUGCAAGUGACACUGGAUUGUAUGGCGUUCACAUGCCAUCUUGUGAUCAGAUCGCGAGCAACAAGCAUAAAAUUUUCAAAUUUCAACGGCCUGAUGAGUACAGGAAGGGGGAACACGAUCUCAGUGACUCAGUCCAGGUUAUUGGAGACAGUCUAAUCAGCGUGAAGUACGCUCUUCAUGGUGCCAUCUUCAUUUUUGAUUUAAAUCACUGCACCAUGAACAAUAACGAGAAAGAGCCGACUAUGGACUUUGUACCGCGGUAUGUUCUGGAGUGGAGCAACACCGAUAACUACUUUCUCAACAUUGGCGUGAGCAGAGCCGCAAAUCUUCUGGCUUGUGGAGACGAUCAAGGAACUAUUUGGGUUUACGAUAUCAAGUCCGUGAAAAGUGGCAAAAAGUCAGACAAGCCGAUUGUUUUGCCUCCAACAGCCCAAAUUGCAUGGCCAGAUGAAGUAAUCGAUAGAGAUGCAACGAAAAAGAAAAAACUAGAUUUGAAAGAUAAUGAAAUAGUCAUAAACAAAGUGACCAUUCACUCAUCAGGGCAAUACAUUGUGGCAGCCACAAAUAAAAACACUGUUUGUUUGUGGAAAAGAAAUGAUGACACUGUUAAUGCUGUCAAGUUCAAAGAGACACCGAAUAAAGCCUUACGUUCUCCUAAGUCUAGGAUUGUUUAACCAUUGAUAUCACUCAAAUUGUUCUCUAGAAUUUUUUUAUUUAAUUUUACAGAAGACUGUUUCUACUUCUUGAUAAUGAAUUCUCUUUUUGUUCUUUUUUUGCACUAUUUGUUACCUUAGUGUUUAAAUUUUUCUCCAGAAAGCACUUUAUAUUUACCUUGAAGUUGUUCUUGGUAGACUUGACUAUUAAACUGUGCUUUUUUUUUAAAGAAGCAAAAUCUUUUUUCCUCUUUGUAAAAUUGGAAGCGUUUGAAUGUAAGGUCAGUCAAAUUUCCUAAUUAUAUUGUAAGUUGUUCUGAAAGACUUGCAUGAGUGUCAUUAAUUCAAGAAAAUAGAGGACCUUAAGGAAUUAAAUAUCCCUCUAUUUUUUGGCAAAAGUAUUGAUGAUGGAAACAAUCCAAUUAUUUUGUAUGACUAGAUGUAUUCUUAAUUUAACUUAAGCUUUUUGAAGUGAGAGCAUAAGGGCCUCUAAAAAUGAAUUUUCCUUUUCCACGAUUACUGAUCUCUUUACAAAGCAGGAUUACAACUGCGUAAUUUUGUAACUCAUUAUCAAUCGCGGUUUUUUACAGUGUAUUAGAGUUUUCUUUUGAAUCAAUGAUUAGCAUCACAUCAUUUAUGGCUCAUCCUCGAACAUAAAUUCACAGUUUCACUGUGGUCAUCACAAAGCGGAACUCUUUCUAUCUAAAAAUUGGGAGAGUCUGAAGUCUAUAAGCCUGUAAAUCAGCCUAGCUCGCACCUUAAUAUAACGAGUAUACAGCAUUGCAAAUCCCAGUGAUUUGCAUGAGCAAUGCUGCCAACCUGUUAAGAGAAAAAACAAAAAGUCGGAUAGUCAACAUCCAACGCAUGAAGCAAAAAUCGCAAACCACGAUCUUUCUUCUCUUCUAAAAAUGAGUUCAAAGGAUACAUUUCACCGUGUUAGAACUUGGAAAGAGAACAUCAUUUUUUCGAGGCACUGCAAACUAAUCCUAACAGGUAGUUAGUAUUUAGUGAAAAUUAUAAGUUUUGUGUGAGGAUAACUGACAAUUGGACAAUCAUUGUUGAGGAAUGUAAUAAACUUCAUAUUCCUCGUGAAUGAGAUGAUGAAUAUGUAAUAAUGGGUCAGUUCACCUGAUAGUUUUCAUUUGCAUACAUACAGUAGUGAAGUCAGUAGUAGCCUAGGACAGUCGAUAUCCUCCACUUCCUCAUUUCCACUUAUCACAUGUAGCUUAAAUUGAAGGUGGGAGUAAGAUUAACUAGGUGGCAUAAUUGAAGUGUUCUUGAAUCUAUCAGUGUAAGAAAAAAAUUGGAGGGAUUUUUAUUUCUUGAACAUUCGUUGAAGGAACCUCCCAAGUAUAAUAUUGAAAAAAAUUAUUUUAAACAUUUUGAGUUCAAUUUAAUCAUAAAUAAAUCAUAGCUUAACCAUCUGUUGCAGCAAUUGCAUGCCUGCAUGCCUUCACCAGUUGUUGAUGAAUGUUAGUACUUGUUGCUAAUGGAAAUUUUGCAAAAUCACCAAGUGAAACUUUCUAAGUAACAACUCACCUUUUCAGUAACCACCCAAACUUUCUCAUGCAAUAAUUCCUUAUUAUGAGCAAAAAGAUGAUAUGUCUGUUGCUCAUCUAUAUUUUCAUUAUCUAUUUAAAUGCUCUCUCUUUGCUCUGAUUUGCACGGAAAAGUCACUGGGAUAGUAGUUUCUUUUAGGCCCAUCUUGCGAAAAAUAUCCUUAAAGACUCUAUAUUUAAAGGAUGUAUGAAAUUAAUUUGACGCUUUUCAUUAAUGUUCUCUGUUCAGUUUUUUUGCAUCAUCAAGUCUCGUGUGUAAAGUCAGUCUAAAUGAAAUCUACUUAUUGCACAAAAACUCCAUUUGGUUCUUUUCAAUUGCUUGUAUUUUUCAGUUUAUCAUAUCAGCUAGCUUUAAAUAGAAUGUUAUCGUUUUCAAUAUUUUUCCCAAAAAAUAUUAAAAAUAUUAUUUUUAAUUGUUACAGCCAGUAUGUAGUCAUAAAAUUAUGUUGAAUGUUAUUUUUUUAUGUCCAUAAUAUUUUGUUAAUGUGCAUUCCAUGUAAAUAUGUAUUUGAAAUUAAACUUGAACCGACGUUUUCUGAACUUGUUAAGGUAUGGACGUCAUUAUUGUCA